ACUUGAAGCAAUCUGCAGUCAGAAAUUUUGCUGUUUUAAUAGUCCAAGAUAUCAGAACCUCUUCAGUCACAACUCUGACAGCUGUGCAAGAGGACAUCCUUGAUCCUUCAAGCCAGGCUUCAGUUUCCCUUGACUGCCCUUUUUAGUCUUUGAGCAUUGGCCAUUACCUAAUUAUCAUUGCUGUUACAAAUCCUAAUUGUGUUUUGUGUGCAGAUGAGUGAAAGACACAAAGAUGUAAAAGUGGCCUUAUGGUAAAAGGAACUAUUACUGGUAUAAAUAUCAGUAUGUUCUUUCCCAGCAUCAGAAUUUGCAUUCUUGCAGUUGACUAGUGUGAAAAUACUAGUAGAGAUAGUGGAUAUUUUUAGGCAGACAGCACCAGUAUUUUUAUUACUAUUUUGUAUAACUAGGUUUAAGCAAGACAAUCGUUUACAAUAGAUUCUGUUUUAUAGUACAGGUUUCAUGGACAUCUCCAGAUUGCCUUUGUAGUCUUAGUUUCUGAAUUCUGAAGCCUUACUAUGUGUGUUUAAAUAUAAUAGAAACCUUAUUGUGAAAACUGCAAUGAAGCUAAAUGGAUAUUCAAUCUUUAGUAGUUUGCUUAAGAUGUUUUGAAUGACAUCUGUCUGUCUUGAUGUAUAUUUUUAGUGAAGAAUGAUAUGUUUCUGAGCUGAACUCAUUAUAGGGUUUUUACCACCUUUCUGAUAGACAUGAAAAUAAAGAUGUAAGACUGGAUGCCUAUCCUGUUGCUUUACUUAAUACCAAACACUAUCUCUGUUGCUCCUUUACUAUGUGUGAGCUAAGCUGAAAAAUUCCAUGUGCUUUCAAUUUAAAGUGAAGUUGUGGAGCAUCUUGUGUAUUUUAGCCUUUGGAGUCCAUUCUUUUCUUCAAAUUUUGUCCAUUUUCUAAAUAUUAAUCAAAAUUUUGGUUUUGUUGAUAAAGGUUACAGUCUGCCUUGCUCAUUUAACAAAUUGAUCUACAGUGCCUGAAUUGACAAACUGGAAAAAAAAAAGAAAUGUAUAUUUUUAAUAAAAUACCACGAAGUAGCAGUUGGGGCUUCAAGACAGUGUAUUCUGAGAUUCUUGAGAUGAUUAGGCACUGGAACAGGGGGCCCAGAAAAGUUGUGGAUGCCUGAUCUCUGAAAAUGUUCAAAGCUAGGUUGGAUGGGGCUUUGAACAACCUGAUCUAGUGGAAGGUGUCCCUGCCAGUGGUAGAGGUGGAUGAUCUUUAAGAUCCUUUCCAACCCAAACCAUUCUAUCAUUCUUUUGUUACCCAGAAGACAUUCCUUCAUGAGUUCACUAAAACAUCCUUUAAGCAAGAAGCACUUAAAUGUAUGCUGUGAUCUUAUUUCAGCUCUGUAGAAAAUCUUACGUUUGGAAUUUUUGUAACUGCUUUUGGUAUAUUCAAAACUUUGCUAAUACCUUCUUGCUGUGGUGAGAGAUGUAUCCUAUGUAAAGCAUCCUCUUGUGGAUCCUUGUGGUUGUGAAAUACCCACUUGUGGUGUAUUUCCUGCCAUCAUAUGUUUGACUGUAGGUUCUCUCGAAUGAGCAAUUAUCUUUGCGUUAAAGUCCCAUCGCUUCUCUCUUGUUUUUCCUGUUGUGUUUAUAACUGUUAUGGUAUUACUCUGGUAAGACUAUCAAAAGCAGUUGUCCCCUAAUGUUGCCCAUCUUGUAUCUUCACUUUGCUGGAACAUGGAUCUGCAAAGAUUGAGGUACUGACAAAAUGUGAAGGAAUCUCUGCCUUCCUAAGUGCAACUGCUAAGUAGAUGGGCAGAUACUUUUUACCAGUCAUGACUAAUACAAAAAAUGUACGUGCAGCUGAGAAGGAAAGAAAAUUUAAAAAAGAUAAAUAGUUUUCUUCACAAACUAGAUUAAAACCUGAUUUCUUCAUAUCUAGCAAACAGCAUUGUAGGCUAAUGAGGCUGGAAAUGACAUUUUUCUCAAAUUAUCAGAGCUGUAAAGCUUCUCAUGCUCAUUUCACAUCAAAAUGCUACUUACUUCAGCUGAAUUUAAUCCUGAUUUAUUUUGUGUAAGCAAGAACAGAACAUAAAGCUGCAAUAUUUCCUGCUUGCUUUCUCUUGUCUUUCAAACAUCUGCUGUUAAAUAGAUACUUCAUCUCUUGAGGUACCUGUAGUUUCUUGACUAUAGUAACUGCAUCAAACCACUUAGAGUGUUCAUCUGUUCAUCUACAGUUCUGGUGAAUGAGAGUUCCUCUAAAUGUAUUCUGUGAUAUUUAUAUGGUUUUGCAAAGUAAGGAAGUCAGCAGACAGCAGAUCCUAGCCUUUAUAGAAACACACAAACGUUAGGAAUCAUUUUCCUCAGAGUUGUCUUAUGAAAGAGGUGUAUAGAGUAUUAGAUUAAAGAAACAGAGUUUACUGGUCAGUUUAUUUAGGUUGCUGGAUGUAUUGCUGAAACAACUAGCAAUCCAUGGAAUUACUUCUAAAAUCAGGUCUGUCUUCUGUUUGAAUUUAAGCACCAAUACUUUAGUAAAUAUUUCAGCAUUAACAAAGCUCUUACACAUUUCAUAAUUAACUUGCAGUCUUCCUGGAUUUUCUUUAUCCAGACAAUAUAUAUUGUAGUACAUAUAUUUAAUAUCUUUUAGGUAAGUAUGAAACAAAAGACAUAAAAGGGGAAGGAGAACAUAGAUGGGUAGUGCAAAAGGUGUUCAUAUAUCAUUCAAAAACAUGUCUUUAGUAAUGAUGCUAGAUUCAUUAUUAUAAGAAAGGAUUGUAGAAUGUAAUUACUACCAAUAUAUUAUCCUGAAAUAGAUUUAUUGAGGUGUAUAACCUGUUUAACAUUGAAAUUCCACAUCCUUCCAAAAUGAUUUCACUGGAAAUUGUACCUUUUGGUGCAAUUCGGUACUAGAGAUACUUAAAAGUUUUCAAAAUGCUCUGCAAAGUAGUCAGAAAUUAAGGUUUUAUUGUAGACAAAGUAACCUUUACAGCACUUUGAAAAUACUAUCUGUGCCUAAAGUUACCUUUACUUCUAAAGUAAUGAAACGGUUUAGGUGACUGCGACAUAAAAAGUGUACUAUAAAAUAUAUGAAUUUUAGUGUUUGAAACACUCUUUAGAUACUACCAGCUCUGUAUAAAAUUGAUUAGCAAAAGGGAAGAGGCAUGUAGCUUAUUUAAAACUAGCCAAUAGGUGACAGCAAGCUAGCCAGAUGCAGUUGGAAGCCAAACUCCUGGCCUCAUAUUUACUAGUAAAUAGACAACUUUCUGGAAGUAAUUUAGUAAUAAUGGUUUAAGGAAUGUGGUGUACAACACUAGUUCAUCUGGAAUAUCUUUGUUUCUAUACUGAUCAUUUUUGUUAAAACACUCAGACAUCUCUUCUGUGGAAGAUUGUAGUUGAUACCUUUCUGUUGUAAGGAUGAUCGUGUUUGAAGGAAAGCAAGGAUAAUAAGCUUUUGCAAGAAAACUUCUAGUCUGUUCGAACAAAAGUUUACUGGUUUUGAGAGUUGUAGAUUUUUGGUAUUUUUUUUUCCCCAAUCAGUUUUUUUUAAUUUUAUUUUCUUAGCAGUAGUCUGACAAAAUCCUGUUGGUAGGAUUUGGGGUAGGUUCUAAAAAAAGAUAAAGGAACACCAAAAUUUUUGAGGUUAUGAUACUCUCUUGGACUACUGCAAAAGGCAAAAACCAAAAAACAUGUUUCUCAAGAAGGCCAUACCAUGUCGUAAGGCUGGAGAUGGAUGUAAAGCUACAAAGAAAAUCACCAGGUUUAUGGUGGGCUGUGGUAGAUGUGAUGAUUGGUUUCAUGGUGAUUGUGUUGGACUGAGUCUGUCUCAAGCACAACAGAUGGGUGAAGAAGAUAAAGAAUAUGUGUGUGUGAAGUGCUGUGCUGAAGAAGAUAAAAAAAUGGAGUAUUUUGAUCAAAAUGUACAAGAUCCUCAAGUGAAACUUGAGAUACAUAAAGAAGAAAAAGCAAUUGAGUGUGAAAAAUCGGGGAUCUCGAAGCAAACAGCUUGUAAUCUAAAUGCAACAACUGAAAAAACAAAGCAAACAGAGGACGCGGGGAAGCACAAAGUAAAAAUCUUCAGACGAGAAUCUGGUGAUGGGAAGAACUUAUCUGAGUCCAGAGAUUCAGAUACUAAAAAAGGGCAACAUGUUCUUCCUCGAAAAGGUUCCCAAACUGCUGUAAUUCCGCGGCGGUCCCCUGAAGAUAAAAAUGAAAAAAUUAGUAAAGAAUCCCUUGGUGUGGUUGAAAGGUCCUCAAAAUCAGGUGUUCAUGAGAAACAAGAAAUUAAGAAAAAGAAAAAUGAGAAGGGAUCUGUUAGUGCAACACACCUGCCAGCUGUGCCAGCUUCCAAACCUUCUGCUGAUCAGAUAAGACAAAGUGUCAAGCAGUCUCUUAAGGAAAUUCUGAUGAAAAGAUUGACAGACUCCAGUUUAAAGAUUCCUGAGGAGAGAGCAGCAAAAGUUGCCACAAGGAUUGAAAAAGAACUGUUCUCUUUUUUUCGGGACACUGACUCAAAGUAUAAGAACAAAUACAGAAGUUUAAUGUUCAAUCUAAAAGAUCCUAAAAAUAAUAUAUUAUUUAAGAAAGUACUGAAAGGAGAGGUUACUCCAGACCAUCUAAUAAAAAUGAGCCCAGAAGAACUGGCUUCCAAAGAACUGGCUGCUUGGAGACAGAGAGAAAACAGACAUACGAUUGAAAUGAUUGAGAAGGAACAGAGGGAAGUUGAAAGAAGACCCAUCACAAAAAUUACUCACAAAGGAGAAAUAGAAAUUGAAAGUGAAACACCAAUGAAAGAACAAGAGGAGGCCAUGGAAAUUCAGGAACCUAAUAUGAAGUUUGAGAAGUCAGAGGAGGCUGAGAAAAAUAAAGAAAUAAAUGAAUCUGCAUCUCCAGACACCACAAGUCAACAUAAAAAUCAUCUCUUCGAUCUUAACUGCAAAAUCUGCAUAGGCCGAAUGGCACCACCUACUGAUGAUCUUUCUGCGAAAAAAGUGAAAGUGUCUGUUGGAGUUGCACGGAAGCAGUCAGACAACGAAGCAGAGAGCAUUGCAGAUGCACUUUCUUCGACAUCAAGUAUUUUAGCUUCAGAAUUACUGGAAAAUGAUAAACAAGACCCAUCAAAAUCAUCACUCACACCUCUCCCAAAGUCAGAAACACCUGGUACUGUGGAAUGUGAAAGUCUGUUUCUGGCACGCCUGAAUUUCAUCUGGAAGGGUUUUAUCAAUAUGCCUUCAGUAGCAAAAUUUGUUAUUAAGGCUUACCCAGUUUCUGGCUCUUUUGAGUACUUAACGGAGGAUUUACCUGAUAGUAUUCAAGUAGGUGGCAGAAUAUCUCCUCACACUGUCUGGGAGUAUGUAGAAAAAAUCAAAGCUUCAGGGACCAAGGAGAUCUGUGUAGUUCGAUUUACCCCUGUAACUGAAGAGGAUCAGAUAUCUUAUGCAUUGCUGUUUGCCUAUUUCAGCAGUAGAAAACGUUAUGGCGUAGCGGCCAAUAAUAUGAAACAAGUGAAAGAUUUGUACCUCAUUCCUUUAGGCUCCUCAGACAAAGUCCCACAUCAUCUCGUGCCUUUUGAUGGGCCUGGGAUUGAAAUACAUCGACCAAAUUUAUUACUGGGAUUGAUAAUUCGCCAGAAAAUGAAGAGACAGAUUACUGCUGUUGCAAGUGUUACCAGUAGUUUUGUGGAUGAAGCUUCUGAAAGCACCUUGAGUAACUUGCCACCAGAGAAGAAAAGCAAGCCAAACAGACCUGAAGUCUCUCAUCAUGAAUUGGCACUAGAAGAAGAAGAGGAAAAUGAUUUUUUUAAUUCCUUCACAACUGUGCUACAUAAGCAGAGAAACAAACCUCAGCAAUCUAACAUAGAAGAUGUUCCAGCAGUUAUUGAACCGUUGGUGGAAAGUACCAAACAUGAGCCACCGAAGCCUCUCAGAUUUCUUCCUGGGGUCCUGGUUGGAUGGGAAAAUCAGCCUUCUACUCUGGAGCUAGCAAAUAAACCAUUGCCAGUGGAUGAUAUUCUUCAAAGCCUCUUGGGUACAACAGGGCAGGUAUGUGAACAAAGCAAGUCAGAAGUGAGUCCCAGUGAAGACACACCAUUAUUAAAUGAACAAGCAACCCCAAAAGAAGAAAACAUGGAUGUUGCCGAUGUAACUGCUGAAGUUAGUGAAGCAAAGACUAGUUUGGAUGAUUUACAGGAGUCCACUAACACUACUGUAACUGUGGAUGCAGCAGCUGUAGGGGCCUUGAGUUCUGCAAGAAGUGCUGGUUCUGGUUCUUUGAUAGGGCUGAGUCUUAAAGGAAAGCCUCCAGAUGUCUCCACAGAAGCGUUUUUAGCAAAUUUAUCUGCUCAGUCACAGAAUAAAGAAACUGAAGAAAGUAAAGAAAAUGACCCAAAGCGGUUGUUACUUGACAAGGAUAACAUUGCACAGGAAGUUAGAAGAACCACAAAUUCUAGCUUUUCUUCUUCCUCAUCAACUACAGGGAAAAACCCCAGUGAGAACAACGUUAAUGCAGGCUCUGCUGAAGGUACCACCGCCAAUACCUCUAAAUCACCACAAUUUAUUAACCUUAAAAGAGACCCACGACAGGCAGCUGGACGAGGCCAGCAGACUAAUGCUACAGAAAACAAGGAAGGAGAUGUUAACAGGAAUGAAGACCGACAUAAUGCUUCAGGGAAUGAUCAAAUGGAAUCAGAGAAUAAACAGUCUUCUGGAGAAGUGGGCUUAAACCUGUUUCAAAGUGAUGCGCAAACUAAUGAGGCACAGUGCAGUUCAGCUGCAGCAAAAGCAGAUAACACAGGUGCCUCACAAGGAGAAGAUAUCAAACACUCUCCAGAAGAUGCACUGAUGCAAAGCAUUGAAACAGUGAACUCUUUUAGAAGAGGACCAGCAUCAACUUCAUCUAAUUUUGAUGCGGAAAACGCUUCUCGUUCUGAAUUUAUUUCCAAAGUCCCAAGCCCUAUUACAAGUGGCACCUUCUCAUCUGUUAGACCACCACAGCAGAAUUUUCAGCAUCCUAAAUCUAAUCCACCAGGAUUUCAGUUUCAGGGUCCUGCACCUCAUAACUUCCCUCCACAAAACAACCCUAUGUUUGGAUUUCCUCCUCAUUUACCACCUCCACUUCUUCCUCCUCCUGGUUUUGGCUUUCCUCAAAAUCCAAUGAUGCCAUGGCCUCCAGUUGCUCAUUUAUCAGGUCAGCCACCACAUUAUGCCGGACCCAUUGCACAAGGGCUACCGGUAGCUCACAAACAGUCAAGAUUUUUGGGGCCAGAAAAUUUUUUUCAGAGUAAAGACGGCAGGAGACCAGAAAGACGCCACAGCGAUCCUUGGGGCAGACAAGAACAGCAUUUGGAGAGAGGGUUCAGCAGAGGAAAAAAUGAUCAACAUAGACAAAGAUUUUAUAGUGAUUCACAUCACCAGAAGAAAGACAGACAUGAAAAAGAGUGGAGCAACGAAAAAUACUGGGAGCAAGAUUCUGAAAGAAACAGACGCAGAGACAGAAACCAGGAAAAAGAGAGAGAGAGGAAAAGUAGAGAGGAAGGACAGAGAGACAAAGAAAGAUUGCGCUCUCCACACAGUGAUAGGGCUGCUGAUGGAAGAAGCCCCAGAGAGACUAGAAAUCCAGAAAAAAAGACAGAGAAGCCUAAAAGUGAAGAACAGGCUCAUGAAAAAGAUAAGGAGAGGGAGAAAGGCAAAGAGAAGCAUAGAGAACGAGAAAGUGAAAAGAACAGAGAGAGACAUAGGGACCACAGUGACAGAACUAAAAGCAAGAGGUAAAAAGAUGCAGGCAGUCUUUUAAAAUUCUAUUUAAAUAAACUGUUAGAGUAAUGUCGUAAAACUUUGUAUUAAAAAAAAAAAAGCCUGCUAGGAUUGUGCCAUCUUUUUUAUUCAGUGUUGGUGUUUUGCAGAAACAAGUCUGUGUUUUGGUACCACUCUAUGUACCAAUACUCAUCCUUUUUUUCAUUAUACCAACUAUCACUAGAAGUAGGAGUUUAAUAUUUUGAAAAAUUUUACAUUGCUGUAUAUUCAAAAUUUUAAAAGAUUUCUUUUAUUAAUAUGCAAUAAAGGCUUAGAAAUUUUCUUAGCUGAUGAAGUUGGCUUUAGUCAAGUCUGCAAUAUAGUUGCUGCCUUUGGUAAUUUGUGCUCUCUUCUGUUUUAAGAUGCUCUGAUAAUUUUAAAGGCAAAUUUCAUACAAUAAUCUUUAUAAAUUGCACUGUUUUUAAAGACUGUAGCAAAGCCUCAGAAUCUACACAUGUUACAAGGAAAUAUAAUAUGCUCGGUGGUGUGAAGAUUUUUUUUUUUAAAUUAUCUAGUAGUCCAAUAAAAUAAUUGAAGUGUAUUUCAUUAGUUUUUCCAGUAUUUUCUAAGCAUCUGAAACAGUUUGUGACCAGAAAUUGGAAGGCUGAGCUGCUUGAAUGUUAUUGCUUUAAACUGCACUUGUUUUAAUAAGAAAUCAUUUUUAAACUAAAUUCUUGAAAAUAUGAUUUGUAGUGGUAUAAUUCAUUUCUCCCAUUUUCCAUGCUUCAAAAACUUGAAUACCUAAGCUUGUACAUUACUUUGUGUUUUGCUAUCCUUUUUACUGUAAAAUGUAAAUAUUUUAAGGGAUAUUUUGAUUCUAAAAUGAUAAAACUUUCUCACA